AUGCCAGGCUCGCCUUCGUCUUCAUGGGCUGUCUACAAGGCGAAAAUUGCGGCUAUACUGGGACAUAGGGAUAUGAAGGUGAUUGUGGCCUUUUGGCUAUUCGGCCUCAUCAACAACGUCCUGUAUGUCAUCAUCUUAUCGGCCGCUCAAGAUCUCGUCGGUUCGCUUCCGAAAGGUGUCGUCCUCCUUGCCGAUGUACUCCCCUCGUUCCUCACGAAGCUCGUCGCGCCAUACUUUAUCCAUCGCAUCUCGUAUCGCAUCCGUAUCCUCAUAUUCAUCGCUCUAUCCGCGGUCGGCAUGCUCAUGGUGGCCCUGACUCCCCGAACACAAUCAGUCGCCAUUAAACUUGUCGGAGUCGUCCUCGCGAGUAUAAGUGCUGGAGGCGGAGAGCUGAGCUUCCUGGGUCUUACACACUUUUACGGACCGAUCAGCCUCGCUGGCUGGGGGUCUGGUACUGGUGCUGCAGGCUUGGUUGGCGCGGGGCUCUAUGUGGUGUUCACGGACUGGUGGGGUUUAAGCGUCAGAGAUAGCUUGCUGAUCUCGGCGUGCUUCCCCGCGAUCAUGUUCAUCAGCUUCUUCGUCAUCCUCCCACUGGGACCUUUGAAGGAGGGGACUAGACGGAAAGGUUAUGAUGCUCUUCCCGAGCGAGACCUGGAGGAUGAAGACGUGGACAACAUGGACCAAGGAACUGCCUCGUCGGCUCUCCUCGCUCCGGGACCGUCUGUCGCAUCGACUGCGUUCUCUGCCAACAACACGUCGGCGCCACUCACUCUCAAGGACAGGCUGAAGAAGGCGAAGGGCCUGUUCAUCCCAUACAUGUGCCCUUUGUUGCUUGUGUACGUGGCAGAGUACACCAUCAACCAAGGAGUAGCACCGACUCUGCUGUUCCCUCUGAAUGAGUCUCCCUUCGAUGAGUUCCGCGGCUUCUACCCGUUCUACGGGUUCCUCUACCAGCUCGGUGUCUUCAUUUCGCGAUCCUCGACACCCUUCCUUCGCAUCCAUCACCUCUACCUCCCGUCGUUCUUGCAGGUUGCCAACCUCAUCCUUCUAACCCUACACGCGAUGUACUUCUUUAUUCCCUCGGUGUACAUUGUGUUUAUCGUCAUCUUCUGGGAAGGUCUGCUAGGUGGAGGCGUAUACGUCAACUGCUUUGCCGAGAUCAUGGAAAACGUCCCACCAGAGGAACGCGAGUUCAGCUUGGGAGCGACAACCGUCAGCGAUAGUGGGGGUAUCUCCAUUGCAGGCAUCAUCAGCAUCAUCAUGGAGACUAGAUUAUGUGAUUACCAGGUGGCGCAUGGUAGGGAUUGGUGUCGGCGGAUACAUGCUCAGGGGAGUUAG